ACCAAUAAUCCCGUCAGUAGUCGUCGCAUCUUUAAGCUGUGAAGAUCUUUACUUUGUGAAAACAAACACAAAAUGGAAGGUGAAAAAGUAAAAAUUGCAAAAGUUCUCAAAGAAAUUGGUUUCUCUCAGCUUUUGGAUUACUUCAUUGAAGAAGAAUUCACUUUCGAAAGUUUCCGCUUGCUAAAUACUGAAGCUAUUCGAGAAUUUUUGCCAAAAGCUGGCCCUAGGCUGCUAUUUUGGAAUAAAUAUACUAAAUACUUUCAGGAUCUGCAAAACAAUCAAAAUCAAAAGAAAAAACAAAAAGUAGUAUAUGAGAGUGAUAACGACGAUCCAGUUUAUGAUCCAUUAGUAGAUACCAACGAGGUACUUGAGAUAGGUUCAACCGUUUCAGAAGAAUUUGUGAAAAAAGAAACUGAGAUUCAAGAUGUUUUCUAUGAAACUUCAAUUCAAAAGGGUGAUCUGUCAUUCAUAUUUCAAAAUGAAACUCUUGAUCUCUCGACACUUUCAAAAAGUAGUACCCCCAGUCAGAAAGAUCAUUCAUCUGUAACUCCAUCUGAUCAAGAGUCCAGCGUAUCGCGAUAUUUAAGUACAGCACAAGGAUCUAUUCUGUGUAAUAAGUAUAAGAGGUGCAACACUUUCGAGGACAAGGAUAGGAAUCUGCUAGCACGAAUUAUUAUUUACAAAGAAUACGAAGCAUCAACUGAACCUGAUCAAAAAUUUCGUAUCAGUGCAAGUCGUUUUCAUAAACUCUCAGAAGAAAUAUCCAAAAAAUUUCCCACGGAAAGUCCUGAAAUUUAUUUUACGCCUUACAAUUCUGUCACAAGAUCUUUGUGUACAGGAAAACUAUGGAACUGCUUCAAUUCAUUCAAGAGACAACUUAAAUUAUCGCAGGUAACAGUACCUGAAGAAGAUUAUUCGGAAGAUAAUGAAAAUCCUGAAGAUGUUCAGGAAUCGCUAUCAGUAUUGGCUAAUUCAGAUGCUCCUUGGACAAAAGUAGUCAAUAGUUGGCGUAUAACAUAUAAACAUCGUCAAGAUAUACUGUAUGCGUCCGGUACUACUGUGCAGCAGUACUACGAGAAAUUUCCAGUUUUAAAAUCAGAAAAUGGCCACCAAUUGCUUUUGAACGACUUUGAUAUCAAAUACAAAGAUUAUUCAGAGAAGUUCACACGAAAGUGGAGAGCAUUUAAUAAGGAAAUUAUCAAGUUUGCUAGGAGCAAGUUAGGUUCAAAUGAAUGCGGUCGAGUGAAUGCUAACACACCAAAUGAACUACGAGGUUUCCUGUAUCUACCGUACUUGCUACCAAAUGCGUAUAUGCCAAAAAAUAAUACACUUAAGAGGAUUAGACUUUCACGUGCUGAAAUCGAAAAGACUCUUAUAACCUUUAUCCAAGAAGGAAAUGACAUAAUGGAAGUUUUAAGGCAGGAUAAUGAAAAAUUGGAUGAAAUGGGUAUCCCUAUUCAUCCUAGAAUUAUUUUCGUUGGAAGGUCCUACCUAAAGCUGUCUGAGAUCUACAUCGAAGUUAAUUUGACUCUAUACAAAAUAAAGGAUGCACUGACUGCCAUUGAUACUUAUUUCAAAGUAGUCAUGGCUCUCAAUACGACUUAUGCAGGAGGAGCUAAGCCCAUUUGGACUUUCAUUCAACACUACAUCUACGAAUUGAAAACUGAACGUGAUACGUCAUACACGUCGGUAAACGUACUUUUGACUGAACUUCAAUCGGAAAAAUCCGUAGAAGGAAAUGAGUCAAAUUCUGAUUCUUAAUGUAAAAUUUUUCCAAAAAGCUAAUAAAGUAAAUGUUAAAAGA